CGGCGCCGGAAGGUCAGCGUGUGAAGGAGGCAUUGGUAACGCGGGUCUGCCCGCUGUUACUGAGGAUCAACAGUCGAGCCGACGUCUCCGGCCUGAGGCAGCUUAGGGAAGCCGACGAGCAGUUUGCUGCGACACCAUGGAGGGCGGCGGGGGAAGCAGCAACAAAACCACAGGGGGGUUGGCUGGCUUUUUCGGAGCCGGCGGAGCAGGUUACUCGCACGCGGAUUUGGCCGGCGUCCCGCUAACUGGUAUGAACCCUCUGUCUCCUUACUUAAAUGUGGAUCCACGCUAUCUCGUGCAGGAUUCAGAUGAGUUUAUUUUACCAACCGGAGCUAAUAAAACCCGGGGCAGAUUUGAACUGGCCUUCUUUACCAUUGGAGGAUGUUGCAUGACAGGGGCUGCAUUUGGGGCAAUGAAUGGUCUUCGGCUAGGAUUGAAAGAAACUCAGAACAUGGCCUGGUCCAAACCAAGAAAUGUACAGAUUUUGAAUAUGGUGACUAGGCAAGGAGCACUUUGGGCUAAUACUCUAGGUUCUCUGGCUUUACUGUAUAGUGCAUUUGGUGUCAUCAUCGAGAAAACACGAGGUGCAGAAGAUGACCUCAACACAGUAGCAGCCGGUACUAUGACAGGGAUGUUGUAUAAAUGUACAGGUGGUCUUCGAGGGGUAGCACGAGGUGGUCUGGCAGGACUAACACUGACUAGCCUCUAUGCACUAUAUAACAACUGGGAGCACAUGAAAGGCUCCUUACUCCAACAGUCACUCUGAAGAUUUUGCCAACUCAUAAGUGGAGGACACUUCAGUAGUCAUCCAGAUCAAUUUAUAAGUCAGUCUGGAGUUAUCGUCUCUUCUACCUACAGUUAGUUUGAAAAAUUGGAGAUUCUGAUUUGCUGUGAAGAUCAUGGAUGUUCCCCAGGACUGGCACUCCUUCCAGCCCUUAGUGAGUUAAGCCAAAACCCUUUGGUGGCUCACUGAGUAAUGUGGUUCUCUUCUUUAGAGAAGAUCUUGCACCUGUUUUCUCUCCUGCCCUCUGAACUGGAAAACCACUUACUCCCAGAAUACAGGUUAUGCUUAUUGUACAUCACCAAGUUCGUUCAUUUAAUGAUCCGAAACUGUAUGUUUCCCUGUGUUCUUAAUAAAGGGUGAAAACAGAACCAAA